AUGACUUUGGCCUAUUUAGUCUGGCCCAUUUAUAUAUCAUUCGCGUAAGUCUAUGAUAGGCUUCAAGAUGUGCUGAUAAAAGGCAUACUUACGGUCGGGAUUAUACGGUAUACUAUAGCUGUUGGGCCACACAGGAAAAAGUUUCAGGAAAGUACAUUUCGUACAUAUAGAGAUCGACGAGCCUCAGCAUGGCGACCAAAGCUGUUCGGAAGGAGAUCUCUCUUGUCUUCGACAAAUUCCUUCAACAGCAAGAACAAGACGACGUGGUUUUGACACGUGGAAGAUGUCCGUCAGAUGUUGUCGCUGAUGGGGUCAGCGACAGCGAGGAACACAGCUUGGAAGCGGAUAGUGUUGACGGAAUACCGGCCGGUAGACUAGAUCCAGAUCAAGAAAGAGCAACCAUUGAAAUCGCGUCUGCGUUGCGGCAUAUAGCAGAAGAAUACAACACUGGUGGCUAUCCCAGGUCUGAGACGAAGACGAGGCGUUUCAGUUUAACUGAUAUAAGGUUUGAUGAUAUCAAACAGCUCGUAGAUACCAAGAAAUUCAACGAGUAUAUGGAGAAACAUGUCAACAGUCAUGAUCCUAAUCUCAGACAAGUCGCCCAAGUAUAUCAAGUAACCGGCGGCCUUAUACGCCUGUGCAGAAUGGCCCACGAAGCAGUUGGCGAAUUCCGUGAGAAUGCAGAGAACUUCGUAUCCGAAAGAUAUGGCGACUGGAUUGCGAGCGAGGGGGGCAUGACCCAGGCUGUACGUAACGCCCAGACAUCAUAAGAGUUGGACAAGGGCAUUCGAAAUUGGACAUCAUCGGAUUACCAAUCAAAAGACCAAUACACCACGAGAAAUUAUUUGCAUAUCUUUAUACAUAUCCAAGACCGCAUUGUCAUGGACGUCCAUAUCAUGAUAUUGUGACUUUGUCAUGCAAUCUGUAAAAAUCAGUCGAUAUGCUGCGGAUGCCGGCGAUAAGUUGGGAAAUUUUUGGUUGGAUCGAAUUUUCAACCCUGGCAUAUUGAUAUUGCGUCUACUUCAGAUAUCAUUGUCCUUAUUUAGACAUUCCCCACAUUUCUAACAGAAACGGGACGCCUGCAAUAAUGUUUUGGUGCAGUAUCUGUAGUCUUUGAGUUAUGACGUAAUCUGGAUGGUUCGGUUUGACUUCUGAGUUCGGGAGAUCGGCCGUCCCCGCACGGGGUGUAAGCCCCUAGUCAAAACAUAAUGCCAAACGAAGGAAUAAACCAAUAUCCGAAUAUCACCUUCUUAUCACAAUAAAACUGGUUUUGACUGUGCUUCCCGUCCCUUCAUCAUCCUGCAUACAUGUAUAGGCCUAUAUUAUAGUAUUAUCAUUAAAUCACAUGGCAUUGUAAAAAAACA